AUGGAGACCGCUUCUGGAAACCUUGGCUGGAACUUCAGAGGAGUCCCCCAGGCCUUGGGCCCAAAUAAGAAGAAGGAGAACCUGGAGCCUAAGAAGCCCCAGGGAUUCCAAGCCCCAAGACCCUUUAACAGUAUGGAAAGAGAGAAGGAACAAAGACAAAGGCAAGAACAGCAUGAGAGGAAAGCCGUACUCCAGAAAUUUCCCAAGAGACCCCAAGGGAAACAGCAGCUAAAUUGGAAGGAAUUGACAGAAUCUUGUGACUAUUUAAGGCAUCCUUGCAGGCCAAUGCCCAUUCACACAACCAAGAAGAGAGCUGUCCUGGACCCUGUUCUCACAAAAUGGCCACUUGUAAGGAAACCUGACCUGAAAUCCAUCUUCCCUGCAUUGUCUCCUAUCAAAAAUCAUGACCUGAGCUUUUUCUCACCUCAUGGACAAGCUAAAGUACAAGAAGUGGCUAUCACUGACUUCUCUCAGCCCACACCCAAGCACUUUGGCCAGGACUUUACCCUCAUGGUCAAAACAACAGACAGCAGAUCUGAUGCUUGUGCUUAUUAUGUUUCUCAGUCUGCCUCAAAAACACUUGCCCUGGGCCAUGCCCUCAACCCCCAGGCACAAGCCAAGUGUCCUGAUAGGAUCUCAAAAUCUGGACCACAGUCUGCCACAUGUAGAAGGGGCCAGGAGUCUUUACUCAGCACCCAAGCACCAGGAAAAAGAUCUGCCAAGGCCCUUGUACAGAAUUCCCAGAAUCCUGCAAAGAAAGCAAAACUCAUGACCUUCCAGACCCUCAAGAAGAGCACUCAGAGAUCUGAUGUGGAAGCUGGCCAGCCUGUCUCCAAUACUACUGAAUUUGGACCCAAAGGGUCACCCCAAGUCCCCAGGAAAAUUGACCUCCAGCCUCCACACAGUACACCUCAACUGAAUACUGUCGAAGAUGGCCCUAUCCUUCCACCUCCACUGUUCAGUCAUGUUCAAAGCCAACCCCUCAGAAUUGUCUUCACGAGAUUGGACAAUGGAGAGUGGAGCUCCAGGUUCAGAACUUCUCCCACCUCUCUAUCUCCUGAGUGA